AUGGCGGAACCUCGGUCUUCCAGUAGUAAGAUGCCGAGCGGUGCCAAGAGCAAUCGUGCUGGCAUCGAGUUCGAUGUUUCCGAAUUUAUGCAGUCAAUGGAGUGCUCAGAGAAUCAUUUGGUGAUGGGUAUUGAUGAAGCAGGGAGGGGGCCUGUCGUCGGGCCGAUGGUCUAUACCGGCGCGAUGAUUGCCCUGCAUGAGCACGAUAGGUUGGUUGACUACUGCGGCGCGAAUGACAGCAAAGUCUUGAAUGAGGACCAGAGGAAAAGCGUUGUUAGCAAGCUCCACGAACUCGCCACGUUCCGUACAUUUACGGUAGUAGUCACGCCAGACGAAAUAGCCGCAGCUAUGACAGGUGCACACGGUACCAACUUGAACACGCUUAGCCAUCAAACAGCUAUUUCCAUAAUAUCCAAGUUGACACUCGAGGGAAUGGGGAUGCUGACUGCGGCCUAUGUUGACACGGUGGGGCCGCCUGAGUCCUAUCAGCAGAAACUUUCGGGUCGCUUCCCGCACCUUCGCGUGACAGUGGCGAAGAAGGCGGAGAUAAAGUUCCCCAUCGUAGCAGCUGCUUCGGUUGUGGCGAAGGUGGAGCGUGACAGUCACAUUGAACGUCUCGGCAUUGAUGUUGGCAGCGGGUAUCCCAGUGACCCAAAAGUAAUGAUGUGGGUGCGCUCACAUGUUCACCGCUUUUUUGUUAUGCCGCGCGAAUGCAACUUUGUGCGCCUUUCAUGGGCCCCCGUCACACAACUUGCUAACGAUCCCGAAACCUGCAUCCCUAUCGUCUUCGAGGAGGACACCACACCCAAAAAAGAGCGGAAGCAAUCCAAAUGUUCUGGUGAUGGUAAGAAACAGAAACUGCUCAGCUUUGUCAAGCCAGCCCCCCGUCGCCAUUUUGUAUACACACAUCUGUUGAAGCUGAGGACCAUUGCGGGCAUCCGAGACACCCAUCAUACAGCUUUGUCGCGGGAAGUCCCUUAG